AUGAAUGGCAGUGAUAAUCCUAACAAUAAGAAUGUUCACACAGGAUCAAGUAUAAGUUUCACCAUUGGUAAACAAAUUAACCUCUACUAUCCGCCAAUACUAAUUAUCGUUGGAACGAUUGGAAAUGUACUCAGUUUUGCAGUGUACGCCAUGAAAAAGUACAAAGGCAAGCCUAUAGCAAUGUAUAUCAAAGUAUUGUCUGUAUUAGACACAAUUAUGUUGAUUGUUGGAAUGCUUCAGUAUUGGUUGCUUUUUAAUUUCUUUCCCGCUUCCUUAUCAGAAAGUCAUUGCCAUGGAAUGUUUUUUGUGGUAAACUUUUUUGGUAAUUAUUCGCAUUGGUUAAUUGUUGUGUUGACUGUCGAUAGAUUCGUAUCAAUUGUUUUACCACACAAAACCUAUUUCUCGCCAAGAAGAAUUAAACAAGUUAUCUUCUUAAUUGGAGUUAUUGCGCUGAUCAAAAACUUUCAUUAUAUGUGGACGACUGACUAUGUUUUUAAUCGCGAAAAAGGUGUAGCAAUGUGUGCAUACGGCUUGAUCAGCAAAGGUGCAGAUGUAACUGGCUAUCAAUGGUUUGAUAUGUGCAUAUCCUCGAUAAUCCCGUUUGCGAUGAUAAUUUCAUUAAAUAUUUGCAUUGUCAUUGUUUUAAAGAAAAGGGAUUCAAUUCGAGAGAAAAGUUCAAAGGUAAUUUCCGUGUCAGCCCUGGCGAAAAGAAGUUUGACCAUAAUGUUGUUAGUUGUGUCGUCUGUUUUUGUAAUCUUGACCGCGCCACUGUUUGUAUUUCGUCUUUAUUUUUCCAUGAUCAAUGACGCAAAGGACUCCAAACUGACAGCAACGUAUUUUAUUACACAUCAUAUUUGUCACAAGUUAUGGUAUACAAACAACGGCGUGAAUUUCUUUCUGUAUUGUAUGCUUCAAAAAAGAUUUCGUGACGACUUGAGUGGCAUAAUAAGAAAAAUUGCAGCUAAAGGAGUUGUUAGUGUCGAUAGUUUUGAGAUUUCACGAUAUAAUAAUCACCAGAACUUAUCUGUUUGUCAGCUUAGCAAAAGUCACAGAAGGGGUAUUCUUAAUUUAUUAGAGAAAAAAAUUGUAAUUGUUAAACGUAAUCAUGGCUGUAGUAUAGAGCCGAAAGCUAGUGCUCCGGAGGGAGUUGUGUUUAUUGUCACCGAUACGACGACAACAAACUGCGCAAACUCCCUGCACCGCCCAGGUCCAUUACUUAAAUGUCAGCUCAAUUUCCAAUGGUACGACCUUACUCCGGUAUAUCGAAAGGCCUAG